CUAUAUAAGAGCAUCUCUACAUACUAUAAUCUGUGCGAGAGUGAGUAAAAGUAAUACGGUUCUUGUUUUAGAAAUCCGAUAUAUAAUGAUAACAGAUUCACGUGUUCCUCGUCAAAAAAGUGUCUCAGUGAGUACAAUUUUCAGGUGUCUUUUGGUUUUGAUCAGACGAUCUAUUAAAUUCUCCUAGUCAACCUCUUCAAUCUCCUUUCUUCUUAAUUUUACUAAAGAAAACAUUGUAUUAAAGAGUACUUCUUCCUUUGAUAGGAUCUCUAGCUGGGGUUUCACUUAGUUUUCAUACUAAUAAUAAAUAAAUAAAAUCAAGAAUCAGAGAUGGUGAGAACACCAUGUUGCAAAGAAGAAGGAAUAAAGAAAGGAGCCUGGACUCCUGAAGAAGAUCGAAAGCUUAUUGCUUAUAUUCAACGACAUGGUGAAGGUGGAUGGCGGACUCUCCCGGAAAAAGCUGGAUUGAAGAGAUGCGGAAAGAGUUGUAGACUUAGAUGGGCUAAUUAUCUAAGACCCGAUAUCAAAAGAGGAGAGUUUACUCUUGAAGAAGACGACACUAUUAUCAAACUUCAUGCUCUUAAGGGUAACAAGUGGGCCGCAAUCGCAACUUAUUUGGCUGGACGAACUGAUAACGAGAUUAAAAAUUAUUGGAACACAAAUCUUAAAAAGCGUUUAAAGCAAAAAGGUAUCGAUCCAACCACUCACAAACCGAUCAAGUCAACCGAUCAAACCGGUAUCGAACCAAAAAACCUUAAACUCAGUUCUUCCGGUUCAGCACGGGUUCUUAACCGCGUCGCAAGCAAAUAUGCGGUCGACUUAAACCGGGAUCUUGUAACCGGAAUCAUCAUAGGAAACUCCACAAUCGUCGCCGACGUUUCACAAAACUCCGUCGACGUUGAGAAUUCGACCACGACAUUGCUCAACAAAACGGCAGGUCUGAUGACCAAUACGUCGACUUCUUCCGGUUUCUCCGACAACUGUUCUUUGUCUGAUGAUAUCACCGAGUUCUUUAGCAACGAAGAGAUCUCUGAUAUGUAUACGAAUGUGGAUCAUGUUGGUCUUAUGGAGGAGUUAAAGGGUAUGUUAAGCUACGAAAAUGCCGUCCCCGGAGAGAUUAAGGGUUCGCCGGAGGCUAAUAUAGCUGAUGAAAUGGAGUUUCUUGAUUCUUGGAAUGACGAUCUGGACUUGGAGAAAUUUGUGAGUUCGUUGGAUUCCAGCAUUGGUGUCUUUGUUUGAUGAGUCAAGAGCAAAAUCAAUUACACGUUGGUUUUCUCUUUGAUCAGUGUGAACUGUGAUGGACUGUUGUAUCGCCAAGUGGCGCUGUAGUAACAAGUUAAUAAUGAAAUAAUUAUUUCUCGUAA